UGUAUAUGUAUUUAUUUAUGAAAUUCGUAACAAAUACAUUAAAAAUAUAAAUAUACAUACACACGCGUGUAGUAUGGUGAAUAUAUUACAGGUGUGAAAGGAGUUGGUUUCACUCGGUAUUUACGUGUGAAUGUAUAUUUAAUAGAAUAGAAAGAGAAAUAGAGAUGAAUUGAGUGGGGAAAACAGAAAGAGAAAGAGAAAAAGAGAGAGAGAGAGAAAGAGAGAGAGAGAGAGGGAUAGAGAGAGAGAGUUAGGAAGAAAAGAAGAGAGGUAAAUAAUGGUAUGGUGAACUCGAUGUUCCCUCACGAAAGACAGUCGCAAAAUCGCAUGCGCGGCAGUUACACAUGCAUAUACUUUAGAAUUUAAUGGUAAGAGUAAAGUGAGAAUUGAUAUCUACAAAAAAAAUAAGAAUAAAAAAAGAAAAAUAAAACAAAGUUCAUAAGAAUUCAUAAAGGAUUGAAAUGCCGAUGGAAUCCUCGAUAUACUGGAAUUCAUUCGAUUCUCAGAGGACGACUUCAGGUGAAAAUUCUAACAAUAGCGAUCGUCACUACAUUGAUCCUUGGGAUUUGGAAAAUUAUGUUUAUCUUCGACGAUAUAGUAUUAAUGUUCCGACAUUGCGUUAUCAACAGGAUCGACGAACUUGUUGUCAAUCUGAAUAUUGGUAUAGCCAAUCAUUAAGAGAACCACAGUAUAGUAUACCAGCCUUUACGCAAAAAUUAUACUGUGACUCGUCCUGCAGAAAGGAGAACAAUGCCUACUAUUAUCAUCAUCCCAUCUACGAAGAUGAAGUUUCGAAUACUGCUUCGUAUUCAAUUUACUCACCUAUUUCUGCCUUACCAUCUUGUGAAAUGAUGAAAAAUUAUUCGAUAUCGGACUAUGAUUAUAGAUCCUUAUACGCAAAUUCACAAAUACGUAAAGAUACAGAUCAUAGAUACGCAAGAAAUUAUUCUCAUCGGAAUAUAUCCAACGAUAAUGUACGAUAUUUUGAUAAAUUGCAAUAUAACGUGGAAGAAUAUUAUAUGAGUAUAAGAAUGGCUCCAGUAGAAGAGAAGCAUAUGACGGAUGUGAUAGCACCAUUAAAUCUUGAUUUGAAUACAUAUGGACAUCUUAAAAUCGAUUACACAGACAGUUGGAAUUCUUUAAAAAGAAAAAUUAGCAAAUGAGUAGAUUUUAAUUAAUAUUUUACGCAUUCAAUAUUUGACAGUUUACGUGUAUUUAAAAUUAUAUAUGUAUGUUUUUUUUUUAAUAUAUCCACAUAAUUUUUAAAUGUUCCAUCUAAAUGUGCUUUCUUUUUCU